ACUUGCUGCGUGUUUAAGAAUAAAUGUCUAUUUGCGAGUGCCUGCGUCGACACCCGACUCGGCCGGCGGCACUCGCGAGGUCUCCGUGGGCCGUUUGCUUCCACAAAUAGACGCGUGCCGCACGCGAAAAUAAAAUGCCUGUCCUUCCAAAAGUCCCGUGGAGCAUCCACAAUGCCCGCCCAGAAGCCACGGCAAUGGAAUUGUGGCAGCCGUGCAGUUCCAAAGUCCGACCGAGCUCUGCUACGCGCCUCCGGAAAGCUGUCUGUCCUUUUCUUUCCGGGUCGGCGAAGAGAAUGCGCUGCCUCGGCUUUGGUACGCUUGACAAAACCUAGUGCCGUACGUAGCCGCGUUUUCGGCUUCAACUUCAUCGAUGCCGUUGUUCGCUCUCUUUAUUGAGCGAUGACUCCUCCGAAGCAUUGGGGAGUCCCCCUUCUUAUUUUUCGUUAAACAGCCGCUAGGCACGAACGAGGUCAUUGUCUGGUUCCGAUGAAUGGAUGGAUCCCUUUUCACACACGGGAUGGUGCCUAUUUAGUUGCUUCGUGGCUGCUGCGGCUGAAGAGUUUCUAAUCCGAGGUUGGGCCUUCACCUGACAACAACUUUGACUACAACAAAGCCUUUUGGCCAAAAUUGGGACCCGGACCAAAUAAAAGGAAUCUGCACGCAAAAGAAUGUCAGUCAGCGCUCUGUUGUCUUAUGGGAGCCUCGACGGAGCGGAGGCUGAGCCGCGGGCCGUCCCUCCCGAGCAGCAUCACCUGCCAACACCCCAAAGCGCAUAGAGCUCCUGUUCUUUCCAGGCGCCCGGAUCCGCCGGGGAGAAAGAGAACCACGGGCUCCGGACUCUUGAUGCAUCGGGCCAAUCGGUGAAACGGUGGCCCUCGGCCGCCUGUCCUCGGGAGACAUGGCCCGCCUCCCGCUCUGCGCUCUGCUACUCGCCGUCGCUCUGCGCUCGGCCGCCGCCGCCACCGAGCACGACGUCACCCCUCGACUCACCUUCUCCUACAAUGCAGAGGAGAGACGAUGCAGGAGUUUCUCUGUGGGCGGAGUCUUCAACUUCACGUCACUGCUGCUCAGCAAGGAGGACAACGCGCUGUUUGUGGGCGCCCGCGAGACUCUCUUUGCGCUCGACCUGUCGGACGUCGGCGCGCUCAAGCCGCAAAGAGCUCUCUCGUGGACAACUCCGGACAAGAAACGAGGCGAGUGCAGUUUCAAAGGAAAAGACUUGCUGACGGAUUGCUUCAACUACAUCAAGAUCUUACUGCGAGUGAACGGCACUCAUCUGUACGUGUGCGGAACGUUCGCCUUCAGCCCCAUCUGCGCUUACGUCAACACUGCCAACUUCUCCCUGGUCAGAAGUCACUCCGGCGAGAUUGUCACAGAGGACGGGCGCGGCCGCUGUCCUUUCAACCCCGACUACCGGUCCACCGCCAUCAUGGCCGACGGAGAGCUGUAUGCCGGCACCGUCAGUAAUUUCCAGGGAAACGAGCCCGUCAUUUCCAGGAGUCUCGGCCAAGGAAGCUCUCUCAAGACGGAAAACUCCCUCAACUGGCUUCAAGAUCCGGCUUUCGUGGGCUCCGCCUACAUCCGAGAGACCCUGCCCGAGGGCGGCCCGAUGGGCGACGGCGAUAAGAUUUACUUCUUCUUCAGCGAGGCAGGAAAGGAGUUUGAUUUCUUUGACAACACCGUGGUGUCGCGCAUCGCCCGCGUGUGCAAGGGGGACCUGGGAGGAGAGAGGGUCCUGCAGAAGAAGUGGACCACCUUUCUCAAGGCGCAACUGUCUUGCUCGCUGCCCGACGACGGCUUCCCCUUCAACAUCGUCCGGGAUGUGUUUGUGCUGACGCCCAGCCCGCAGGAGUGGAAGAGCACCGUCUUUUACGGAGUCUUCACCUCGCAGUGGUACAAUGGCGCCUCGGGAACCUCCGCCGUGUGUUCCUUCACUAUGGAGCAAGUGGAAAAAGCCUUCAGCGGCCGAUUCCGCGAGGUGAACCGAGAAACCCAGCAGUGGUCCACCUACAACCAUCCCGUCCCGGAACCCCGGCCUGGAGCGUGUAUCACCGACGCGGCCCGCAAACAAGGUGUCCUGUCCUCGCUGCACAUGCCGGACAAGGUGCUGAAUUUUGUCAAAGACCACUUCCUGAUGGACAGCGUGCUGCGCAGCCAGCCUCUGCUGCUCAAGCGCCACGCUCGCUACACACGGAUCGCUGUCCAUCAAGUGGCGGCGGCGGCGGCGGCGGCGGCCCGUGAGGCCUACUACCGAGUGCUCUUCAUCGGCACAGACGACGGGAGACUCCAUAAAGCCGUGAGUGUGAAAAACAAGAUGCACGUCAUCGAGGAGGUGCUGCUCUUCCGCCGCUCGCAGCCUGUGCGGCACAUGCAACUGGACGCGGAAAAGGGUUUUCUCUACGUUUCCACUUUCUCCGAACUGGUGGAGGUCCCGCUAGCCAACUGCACUAAUUACCUGAGCUGCGGCGAGUGCAUCCUCUCCAGGGACCCGUACUGUGCCUGGAACGGCAGGCGCUGCGUCCGUGUCACACAGGCUGCGCCGAGAGACGUGCUGCUGCAGGAUGUGGACAACGCGGACGCUUCGGCACUUUGCGACGAGACGGCGGCCGGCCCACACACGUCUUCUUGCCAGGCGGUUGUCAUCCCCCCCAACACUUUCCAAGUGCUGCCUUGCGAGCUGCGGUCCAAGCUGGCCCGGAGGUCGUGGGUGUUCAGCGAGACUUCGGCUCACUCGCGCUACCUCGGCUCGGAGGGGGGGCUGGCGGUGGUGGCGGCGGCUCAGCCUGACGGCCAAGAGACCUACGAGUGCUGGUCGGUAGAGGAAGGCUUCUGGCAGCUGCUGGCCAACUACUGCGUGCGCGGCCAGGCCCAGCGCGAGGACGCCGGUGCCCGGACCGGCUGGACCCGCACCCCGGCCGCCUCGAGGGACGGCGAUGUCGUCCCGCCCGGUCACGACGGCUCCCCGCAGAUCGACGCCAAGACCUACUGGAACGAGCUGGUUGUGGUGUGCGCCCUCCUGGCCUUCUCCCUGCUGGUCUUGGCGCUCUUUGUCAUCUACAGAAACGCCGGGCGCGGCGUGAAGUCUGUGCUGAAGGAGGGCGAGCGCCCCGGCACGCGACACAAAAAGCCCGCCGAGAACCUGCCCCUCAACAGCGACGCGGCGGCCGUCCCGGCGCCGGCCAACCACAGGGGCUACCGGACGCUUCACGACAGCCGCGGCUCACCGCCGCGGGAGCGCUCGUCGCCGGAGGCCGGGUUCUCCGAGUCGGGCGGAAUGCCGCCCACGCAGCAUUCGGACGACGGCCCGCGGCCUCGAGUCAGACUGGGAUCCGACAUCAAAGACUCGGUGGUGUAAAGGCGCUCCUGCGGACGCUGCUCGGGAACGUCAGCGAUGCGGCGGUUUGAACAGCGGACAUGAGCAGCACCCACGUUUUGCACGGCGUCCCGCCGUCUGUGAGCAUUUCUUUAGUGCGUUCGGAGCGUACCUUCAGACAUCGAGUGCGUUUGCUCAGAACCUCAGCGGUGCGGAAGUCCGCAGAACGGGUGACGCGGGUUCCUGCUCCAACCCGAGCUCACGGAUGAAAAGAUCACACACGCUCCCCUUCAGGACUUUGAGGAGAGCUCUUCAAACACUCCCAGAUGUUUCCUUUCAUUUUAUUCGUCAGGCCUGCCUGCCAGCCAGCCAUUAACACUCUUUGCCCUGGAGGCUAUGCACUAUCUCGCGUCACUCACAAUCACACGGGGAUGGGUUAAAUGCAAAGGACAAAUUUCACCACACCCAGAUGUGUGUGUGACGAUCAUUGGGACUAAACAAGAUACUAAAUCAGUUUAGUUCAAUGCAAAGCUCUUCUGUUGUACGCAUGUAAACAAGAGUACAGUACACAAGGGUUCAUUGUACCUUUCAUUGUUCCCUCAUUGUAUUUUUUUGUAUCAUAAUUCACUGUUGUUUUUAUUCUUGUUUUGUAAUGCAUAAAAAGGCACUUUAUUUUUAUUUUCCAAAUAAAAAUCAAACCGAUACUUUAUUAAAA